CAGGAGGGGAGGAAGGAAGGCAGAGAGGAGCCGCAAGGCAGAGCAGAAUUACAAGCCCGGCCAACCGAUUGGGCUGAGGUACCCCCUUUCCCGUAUUUUUUUAAAACAUGGAAACUUUGUCGUUCAGCGUGAAAAACCCGGUGGCCUCUAAUGACGGUUCGGUGGAUUUCCGCCUUCAGCUGAUCGGUUCCUUGCCGGUUCAUUCUUUAACCACGAUGCCCAUGCUUCCUUGGAUCGUAGCCCAGAUCCGACAGCUCAGCAUUCAGCCAUUGAAGGAAGACCCCGAUGGUAGCCGCAUUCGGAUCUAUGUCUCACCGGCCAGGAUACGGUGUGAAGGAGACGCGGGGGAAAACCAGCAUUGGGAUCCUUUGAUUUGUUCCAGCCACUUUGAGUGUCGGCCUCAAGAUGUCCACAAGCUGAUUCACAACAGCCAGGAUCCCAGUUACUUCGCCUGCCUGAUCAGAGACGGGCCCCCCCAUCAGCCAAGUAUCUGCUACGUUUUCAAAGCCGAAGAUCAAACCAAGGUGCCUGAGAUUAUCAGCACCAUCAGACAUGCAGGGAAGAUCUCUCGUCAAGAAGACUUUCAGAACCAACCUGAAGAUCCUUUUAGCAAGAAGUUUGAGGUGCUGUUUUGCGGCCGGGUGACGGUCGCGCACAAAAACGCCCCUCCGGCCCUCAUCGAUGAAUGCAUCGAGAAAUUCAACGAUGUGAGUGAUACCAAAAACCUGGGCCUGUCCCGUCCAAAUGACAGCGCCGAACACUUCCACGGAUUUUCCAUCAGCGACAAAUUCCGCUCUGUCUUCCAACCUUCGGUGAGCGAAGAGGAGGCCGCUAAACCCAUGAGGAAAUCUUACUCGCAGCCUGGACUCCCUUCUUUUGCGUUGAAAAGGGACUCGCAGACCUGGAGCCUGAAGGGUAACAGCCUGGCCAGGUCCUUGGAUGAAGACGACGCCAUUUCCCUCAACUUAAAAAGUCAAUUUAUCCAGGGACAAAACGUACAGCCGACAGAUAUCGCUGGGAACCGGAUUAUGCUGUUCACGAUUGGGCAGUCCGAAGUUUACAUCAUAAGUCCCGAAACCAAAAAAGUUGUUAUUGAGAAAAGCUUUAAAGAGAUUUCCUUUUGCUCCCAGGGGAUUCAUCACGUGGAUCACUUUGGAUUCAUCUGCAGAGAGCCUUCCAAAAACAGAGGAUUCCAUUUUGUGUGUUACGUAUUUCAGUGUGCAGAAGAAGCCCUGGUGGACGAGAUCAUGAUGACCUUGAAACAGGCCUUCAGUGUGGCGGCCGUCCAUCAAAAUUUCAAAACUCAGCUGCAGUUCUGCGAUGGGUGUCCUAUGCAAAUUCUUCAUAAACUCUGUGAAAAGAUAGAAGGGGUGCAUCCUUCUAAAACUAAGUUGGAACUGCAAAAACAUUUAACAGCACUGAAUAACCAGGAGCAAGCCGCCAUCUUUGAGGAGGUUCAGAAAAUAAGGCCAAGGAAUGAACAGAAGGAGAAUGAACUGAUCAUUUCUAUCCUGAGAAACAUCUACGAAGAAAAACAGAAAGAUCACGUCCACCUCGGGGAAGUGAAACAGGCCGGGCAGUCCUCUGCAGAAGCCGUGGGAAACGAAUUGCCCAACAGCACAACUCGAUUCAAGCUGGAUGUGCUGACGAGCAAAGCGAAGAGGUCGCUGACGGAAUCCUUGGAAAAUAUUUUAUCCCGCGGAAAUAAAAGUAAGAGCCUGCAGGAAGCUUCCGGAAGCAUCGAUUUGGAUAGCUCCUUAUCCAGCACGCUCAGUACUAUAAGUAAAGAAACAUCUGUCGGCGACCAGGAAAACCAUUUCCCCCUGGACAGCCCUCUGAAACCAAACGGGUCGGUGGACAAUCUUGACCUUCUCUCGACCACAUCCGAUGAACCAUCAGAAGAACAUCCUGCCCAGUCUGCCUACCAGGCCUUCAGAAGGCGAGCUAACACCCUGACCCACGUCCCGUUGGAAACCCAGGAGUCGUUUGACACGGUCGAAACCUCUCCGUCUGUUUCACAAAGGAAACUUCUGAGAUAUCAUUCCAUGACCACAGAGACUCCAAACCAGCAAAACAGCUCUAAGCCUUCUGCCAGCCAGGCAUCACCAGCUGCUGCCCUGCCUCCUCCAGCUCGACUUCCAUCCUCAACCUCCUCACCCAAUUUCUUCAAGCGCCUCAGGCAUAGUUCAAGCGGAGAACAAGGCAGGCAGGUCGUGCAGAAGAGCACCUCCUACCGUUCCUCUCUCCAGGAAAAACUUCGCUCCUCUUCUUCCGUACCAAAUUUCUUAAAAUUCCUGGCUCCUGUAGAUGAGAAUGUCACCUCUGACUUUAGGAAGUCCACCAGAGAUAACCAAUCCAAGUCGAGGGAAGCAGAUAUGGUCCCCGAGACCCCGGUGAAGGUUCGACGACAUUCCUGGAGGCAGCAGAUAUUUUUAAGAGUGGCGACACCCCAAAAAGGAUGUGACUCUCCCAGUUGGCAUGAAGAUUAUUCCGAACUGGCAGAAUUGGUCCCUAGAUCACCGUUACAGCCAGUUUGUGAAGACGGUCCUUUCGGAGCAGCCAAAGAAGACAGGAAAAAGACAUCCAAAGAGUUGAGGGAACUUUGGCAAAAAGCUAUCCUCCAGCAGAUCCUCCUCCUUAGGAUGGAAAAGGAAAACCAGAAACUGCAAGCUUCUGAAAAUGAUCUGCUAAAUAAGCGCCUGAAGCUUGAUUACGAAGAAAUCACCCCGUGUCUCAAAGAAGUGAUGUCCGCCUGGGAUAAAAUGCUGAACCUGCCAGGAAGGUCAAAGAUCAAGUUUGACAUGGAAAAAAUACACUCUGCUGUUGAGAAAGGAGUUCCUCGGCAGCAGAGGGGAGAGAUAUGGAAGUUUUUAGCAGAGCUGCACCAAGUCAAGCACCCAUUUCCAAAUAAGCAUCCGCCAAAGGAAACGCCUUACAAAGAACUGUUAAAACAGCUGACUUCCCAGCAGCACGCAAUUCUCAUCGAUUUAGGUCGUACUUUCCCGACCCAUCCCUACUUCUCACCCCAGCUUGGAGCUGGCCAGCUCUCCCUUUAUAAUAUCCUGAAGGCCUACUCCCUCCUGGAUUCGGAAGUAGGCUAUUGUCAAGGCCUGAGUUUUGUGGCCGGAGUGCUGUUACUACACGUGAGUGAAGAGGAAGCCUUCAAGAUGCUGAAGUUCCUGAUGUUUGAUAUGGGCCUUCGGAAGCGAUACCUGCCGGACAUGACGAUUCUCCAGAUCCAGAUGUAUCAGCUCUCUCGACUCCUUCACGAUUACCACAAAGAUCUCUACGAUCACUUCGAAGCCAAUGAGAUCGGCCCCAGCCUCUACGCUGCCCCGUGGCUCCUGACCCUGUUUGCAUCUCAGUUUCCCCUGGGCUUCGUCGCUCGGGUGUUCGACUUGAUGUAUCUCCAAGGACCAGACGUUAUAUUAAAGGUGGCUCUGAGUCUUUUGGGAAGCCAUAAGCCUUUGAUUCUCCAGCAUGAAAAUCUGGAAACAAUUGUCGACUUCAUUAAAAGUAUUCUUCCCAAUCUAGGCCUGGUACAGAUGGAAAAAACCAUUAACCAGGUAUUUGAGAUGGAUAUUUCCAAACAGCUCCAAGCUUAUGAAGUUGAAUACUAUGUCCUUCAGGAUGAAUUAACUGAUUCUUCUCUGAAUGACAAUCAAAGGAUGGAUAAACUCGAGAAGGCCAACAGUAACUUACGGAAGCAAAACUUCGAUCUCCUGGAGGAGCUGCAGGUGGCUAAUGGGAAGAUCCAAAACCUGGAAGCCAUGAUUGAAGUCCUGCUUAACAACGAAGGCAAACUGAAGCAGACCAUCGUCACUCUGGAACGGGAAGGGAAAGUGAGGAUCGAAACUCUCACGGAACUCCACACGCAGCCCGCCAACUCCGGUGGGAAAACUCUUCCCUCCGAGCCGGGACGCACAAAUGCCGCUAACUGAGAAUAAGGGGAAAGUGUGACAGCGCUUACUCAACGUGUUAGGCCACGCUCGUCUACGUCCCAGAGUCUUUCACGGAGUACACAUACGGAGGAGUAGAACAACUCACAGGACCGCCUUCCAGCUUUGCUCUGGUUUGACACACAUUUCCACCUGGUUGUAAACCUCCGGAGUUCUUUCCCUUACAAUAACCCGCUUUUCGUUCGAAGUGUUUCACCGUAGUUCGCACCCAAAGCGUUUGGGGGAAAUUCCGGGCUGGACCUCACGGGCUGCAAAACAUCUCAAGGAAUUUCAGUUUUAGAAACACGCCGGAGUGAUUUUCUUUCCUAUUUGAAGGGGCUACGCGGUACUCAUUUAUGACCGAAUUUCUUUCUCCAAAGCGAAAAAGCGUGUUCUACUCACAGGGUGUUUUUAAAACUUCACCGACAUCGUGAACCCCAAAGAAGCCGAACGCCAACCUUUAAUUUGGGGGAUUACUCUUGAUUGGUGCCAAUGUGAUAAAUAUGGAUAUUUGUUACUUUUAAUCAAAUGCUUUGAGAUCAGGGUUCAAGGCGAUAUCGUUCCCUUCUCUCUGCAUUGGCAGAGUCUGAAGCUUUCAUAUCUUUAUAGUUUAUGCCUUAAAAUGUUGUUUUAUUUAUUUUUUUGAUUCAUUGUGCCACACGCCUUUGUUUUCUGAAUGCAAAGCUAGUCAUUUCCCAUUUUAAUCCCAGUAGCUCAGUCCAGAUAUCAAGCAAUUGUAGUUGAACAACAUUUCAAACAUCACC